GCCGUUACUCAAAAUCUGUUUCUAUGGCACGGAGUAACUUGCAAACACAUAUCUUCAGUGGUUUGAUUAUUUGUAUUGAUUCCUUAACUAUCAAACUUAGCUAAAUUACGAUGCCUGACCUAUAGAUUCCUCUGAUUUGGCACAAUUUCAACGUCUCCUAAGAUGGACAUCAACAUAAAGCCGGUUUUUUCUUUUUCGCUCAACUACAAAGUGUUUGAGAAGCUAGUGACUUGCGGCAAGUACGAUGGAAUACAUUCAUGUUUGACUGUAGUGACCAAUGCAGAUAAGAUAUUGAUACACACACCGCAUAAACGCUAUGGGCUGCAAAACUCGAAGCUCUCGGUGUCAGAAAUCAAGAACGAUAUCGCAAUGUUGAACAUGAACUUUCCAAUUCGAGCAAUUGUUGCUGGAAAAUUGCAAGGAGACGAUGAGCGUGAUGUGCUGGUGAUCGGAAGUGCGUCACAUUUCCUCGUUUAUCACGUUGAUGAGAACUACAACUUAUUCCAACGAGACUUUCACGAAGGUGUGCGUUCAAUUUCGAUUGGAUCCUUCGCUAAUCUACCUGGAAACACUUUGAUUGUAGGAGGAAACGCUGUCGUUAAAGGUUUCAAUCCGGAAGGUAAUGAAAUAUUUUGGUUGAUUACUGCCGGAGGAGUGAAUUCCUUACUGUUGAUGGACGUUGACAAAGAUGGGCAAAAUGAGCUUAUCGUAGGCACGGAUGACGGUUGCAUAAAAAUCUACAAGAAGGAUGCAUUGCAGCACGAGUUUACCGAGGGCAACGAGAUCCAACAUCUCAUGGUAAUCAAUCAGAACCAGUUCAUGUAUAGCGUUAAGAAUGGUACCAUCGGAGUUUUCGAUGAAAGUGUUCGUAUGUGGAGAAUCAAAUCGAAGACCAGAGUCACAGCGAUGGCCAUGUAUGAUAUACUUGGUUGCGAGAAUAAGCAAAUCAUAGUCGGGUGGAAGAGUGGCAAAAUCGACGUUCGUGAUGCCCGAAAUGGCGAUGUGUUGUUCAAAAUGAAAUUGAACGAUUUUGUGUGUGGGAUCGCUAGCAACGAUUAUCGUGGAAUCGGUGUUCUUGAUUUAGUAAUCGUUACAGCAGAUGGUGAAAUUCGUGGUUAUAGCACACCGACCGUAAAUCUUUUGAACCUACACAAUUUGGCUGACGAUGAAAUGAACUGUCUUUUGUCGCAGAAGCAAAAGCUACUACUGGAGUUGAAACAUUAUGAGAAUAAUAUUAAAUUCAACAAAGAAGUAUUAAGCAGCGGCGAUUCUCAAUUUGUGCAAAGCGUUCCCGAUAACAUCGGUGUUAUUCCAUCCAAUACUCGACUUCAAAUUGGAAUUUCAACUAGUUAUGAUAGUACCGACAUGAAUAUAGACAUUACUGUGUCUACUAACAACGCUACCACAAUACGAGCAGUGUUGAUUUUUGCUGAUCAAUUGUUUAAGGAAGAAACGUUGAUUGCUCACUUAACGAAAGAUGUAUCAAGAAUAUUGAUUCCACUCAAAACCGUUAAAGACAAUGCACAGGACAUUCAUAUAAAGGCAUUCGUUGGUUAUCCGACGUCUGUACAGUUUCAUGUUUUUGAACUCACCCGUCAGCUGCCAAAGUUCGCGAUGUACACCAUUCCGCAAAGUUUAACCGGUUCACCGAAAAGUAUUUCCUAUAUCAAUAGUCUAUCGGUGGAGAAAACUCCUGGACACAGCUACGUUCAGUUUCGCAUUUCGGAGCGUCUAAAGCGAAUUUGCAUAUGGAUCAAUCAAGUGAGUGAAAACAACUUCCUGCUCCCAUCGGACAUCGAGUAUAUGACAUCAUCGGACUCCGACGCGACCGAGCUAAAGUUGAACCUGAUCAGUUUGCGCACCGGCAAAAACGUGUGCCUACAUUUCAUCAAUGAUGGUAAAACUCGUUUCUACACCGAAGACAUUGGACUGGCCGGUGACCUCAUUCAGUCUUUGGUGCAGUUUCUGAAUAUCGAAAACAUGGAUUCUUCGGCUUGCUUUCCGGUGGUUUACGAAGAAAUCAGGGAGUUGUUCAGUAAACUGCAAGGUUUACAAGAAACAGAAAAACAGAUAAAUUCUGAAAUUAUCGACAAUAUAAAUCAGGUUAAGAGUCAUCUCAUACGAGCGGAGGAUGCACGCUACUAUAAUGGGGAUGACGUUAUCAAGUAUCACAACGAGAUGAUGAACACUAACGAAGAUUUGGUAAAGAGCUACAAGAUACGACUGGUCAACACAGGCGAGGUCCAACUGGCAUUAAAACGUAUUCACAGCAUUCUAUACAGUGCAUCAAAGCUGAGAGUUGGAACGUUCGCCGCGUCUGUCAUUAGCAAGUUCAAAGAUGCAUUGAAGACUAAUAACAUCGAGGCCGUACUGAAAAUCAUUGAACUGGGCGAAAUGUAAGCGGCAAACAACACGGCGCGACACGAACUCAUGUAUACUGGUUUCUGAAUCACGCGCAAGGGGGCGUGUAGGAACUAUGUACGGGAAACUGGAUAUAUAUAGCUAAAGUAUGAAGUAAUAUUGGGUUAAGUGCCUGUUUAUGUAAAUAUAUUUUAAUUUCGGGGAAAUAACAAAAAUCAAAUCAAUAGUUUAAUUUUCGUUUCCAACUUCGGCUGUGAAUCCGACAACAUUGAUUAAUUGUCACUAGUUUCAAUGAUUAAAAUGAUUUAAAAGAGUAAAGAGAAGUCAACUUUUUUGAACGGUACGAAAGAUAGUAAAAAGACAAUUUGUUAUCGAAACACUUCCAAUCGGAAAGUAUCUCAGAAUCUGUUUGGGUUGGACUAAAACAUAUUCAAUUCACUUAGCAGUGAGAUGAGGUAUUUAUUAUAUUACUACUUGUUCAUUCAUUGUUUUUCCCAAAUUUAUGCGAAGUGCGCACACAGCUAGAUACGGGAAGAACGCAAUAAAAUUAAUAAAGUGAAUUAAAAGAAUUGAUAGAAUGAAAUUAAUAAAUA